CCCUCUGGAUUCAUUCCUGCCUUCCUGGAGAAGGAUCUCCAUUGCCAUUGCCCACUGAACUAUCGAACCUUUUACUUGCAUUUUCGCAAGCAUUUUUGCUGAUUUCUUCUCGACCCAAUCGGAAUUUGACGCCAAACUACCUUCGAAAGUCAUUUCACCACCCGCUGGCGUACCCAAAAUCAUAGUGUUCCGAGGGUUAUACAUGAAGCCGUCGCCGCGGAAUGCAAAGCUAUACUCUUGGCGUUCAGGAUGAGUAACCACAAUGACGGUUCAGGCGAAAGAAUCCAUACGGUGCAGGCUGAGCGGGACUUAGAGGCGAAUUGGGAGGUCGAUCUUGCCAAGAAGCUCGAGGAUUACUUGCUGAAGAUUUGCUCUGGUGAAAUUAGGGGAACUGAGGAGGACGCUGCUCAUAUCUCCAUCAACUUCGCUGAAGCUGCUUUACUGCUUCAGGGUUCGGUUCAGGUGUACAGCAGGAAAGUUGAGUAUUUGUACAACUUGGUUAUACAUGCGUUGGACUUCCUCUCUGAGAAGAGGCAGCAGGGACAGUCGGAUGAUGCGUCUGCCGAACAACCUGAGAAAACUGCUUCAAGGUCUGCUAAUUAUAACGAAGACGAUGAAUUUUGGGGCUCGGAUGACAUCCCAGUGGAACCAAGGAAUUGCUUGGAGGCUUCUACCAGUAAAGAUGCUUCCUUUUACCAUUUCACGAAACCACCAGCUAAUCUAGUGGUUCUUGAGGGUGAUUGCCUGGAUACUGGUGGUGAUGGAGGGGAACUGGAGUCAUAUCUAUUAGCCACCAGUGAUCUCUACCGGGAUUUUAUCCUGCUAGACCCAUGUGAUGCUCCUUCAGUAAAUGACUUCUUAGAUGAUAUAAACAUUGGACAUGGUCCGACAUACAAGCCCAGCUCAGUCCGGAAAACUGGUCAUUCCUCAGCAAAACGCUCACGGAGGUCAUCCCUAGGGAAGAGCCACGAUGCUGCUUUCAACCGGUCACCUAUUCCUGACUGUGGCUUGCAGGACAAUAACAGUGAUGUGGGUCCUGGCCCUUCUAAAGAGGGUAAUUUUGGAGCUGGUGAUCAAGGUUUUGAUAUGGAUGAUAUGUAUUCACCACCUGGAAACUUGGAUGGUGACUCGGAUUUAGACGACGAGGAAACUGAUCCAUGGAAGCCUUUGAAUCCUCAUGAACCUGGGGACUUAAAAGUGAAACCUUUCAAACGAGUAGCCCUAAGAAAGAAUAUGAGAAACUCAACAAACACCUUGAGGCAAGCAUCUAUUGCUAAAUUGUUUCCUCUUGCAAAGUUACAUUGCCCAAUUAGUACGGAGUUCAAAGAGAUGUGGGAAGUGCGUCAAAAAACUCGUGAUCAGCUUGGGAACUCUCAGUCACAAUCUAACCCUUUAUAUGAAAAGUUACGGGAAUCACUUGCUGGUGGAGGGAAGAAAACUGGAAACUUCAGUGAUAAUGGUGAGAGUGACAAUUGGGACAAUGAUGAUGAUAACGGUGACCCAGGGUUUGAUCAACCUUAUGGUGAAAUGCCCGAAGCUACAUUUAUGGAUGACGAUUUACCCCAUCAACAUAACAAGAAUUUUGAUGGUGCUACUGGCUUUGAUAACGGUGAUUGCUUUGAACAAGGAGAACCAAGCUCCCAAGCAAGUUUAGAGGAUCUUUGUCGAUCGCAUCUAGAUGCUCUUCUUGCUAACAUAGCUGAAUCUGAGAAGCAGACAGAACUAGCUGCUCGAGUUUCAUCAUGGAAACAAAAAAUCGAGCAUAACCUUGAAGUGCAAGAUUCACGGCCUCCAUUUGACAUACAUGUCUAUGGUAAAAGGAUUCUCGACAAAUUGUCUCUCGAAUCAGAAACCGAGACCAUAAAAUCCUUUGCUGAUAUUGUGACGGGCCAAGAAGGGCAUGAUGUCGCCCGUUCCUUCUCUGCUAUGCUGCAGUUGGUGAACGAUGGAGAUAUUGAUCUGGAGAAGAAUGCUGCUGCUAAUGGAAAGUCGUUCUGUUACACUGCUGUGAAUCCAUUCCACGUCAAACUCCUCAAAAGGGAUGGAAGACAAGCCCAGAAACACUUUAAAUUUUCCAAAAAGAGAGUCAAAUCACCACUCAUGAAAGCACGGAACAAGGAAGGCGAGAAGAAGCUCUCUAUCGAUAGAUCCUCGACACCUAAGUCACAAUUAGAAAAUGGCUCACCUUCACUGACGAACUCCAAGUUCACUUCAAAGCUACAGAUGAACAGCAGCAGAAGGUGCACUCCAGAGGGCAAAAGGAGAAGAAGAUCAAGAUUAGUCGAACCAAUUGACUUGCCUUUCCCUGUUUGAUGCAUCAAUCAACUUGUUUGCUGGGAGCAAAUUCAAUCUUUCAAGCUGAAUGGCUUCCGACAACAAGCAGGUGCGAACUUUUUCAUCACCCUUCUACCUCAUCGUAGCUUGAUUACUCUAAUGACAUAAUCCUGUGAUGUCAUCUGUAGUUUACUUGGGUUUAGCUUAACUUGUGUUAGGGAUCUACUGCAAAGUCUGAGGGUUCUUGUAGUAACUACACUUUGCUAACUACUAGAAGCCUAGGUUGAAUAAUUUUGUUUCAUUUCCUUCAUAUGAGUCUGUAAUAAGAUCGGCUGACCAUUUGACCGUCUGUUGAUGGCUAAAGGGUUAAUGUGAGAAUUGUGUGGAGGUUGUUUGUUAAACUGCAUUGUUUAUGGCUUUGACUAUCUGAGUCUCGAAAAAGAAUAGUAGCAGCCAAAGUCGUCUGAGCAACCCUAUUUUUAGGAGAUGGCGUAGAGAAGUAGGAGUCUGAAAUAUGUGGAUUGCGAAUGUCAAAGUCAAGCUGACUUUCUGCUCAACAACUGCUGCUGCAACUUCUACAUAAUGUAGAGAUAUUUUUAAAGGUUAGUAAAGCAUAGAAUAUCAA